GUUGUUCUGCGUAGUGAUAGUAGCUUAACAGUGGUCUGAAGAUGGCGACGUACAGUCGUUCUGCGCUGCUGCUGCUGCUAUCAUCCGUGUGUCUCAGCGACGUUGGACCUGUCUUCGGCUUGAAAGCUGCCAGCGGUCCCGCCCUGCCACCCAACCCCGCCGUCCUUAGAGCCGCGGAACCACAAGCCAAGGAUGCACCUGCUGCUGCCGCCGCCGCCGCCGUCGCUGGGGCCUCACAGUCUAGAAGGGCGACCGGUUGGAAGCUGUCGGAGGAGGAGGCCUGCAGAGGGGACCUGACCCGACUAUGCCCCAAACACACCUGGGCUAACAACCUGUCCGUGCUGGAAUGUCUACAGGACCGCAGAGAGGAAACUGACAUUGCUCCUGCUUGUAACCAUCUUCUUUGGAACUAUAAACUUAAUCUGACCACGGACCCAAAGUUUGAGUCAGUGGCUGUAGAGGUUUGCAAGAGCACCAUCACUGAGCUGAAGGAGUGCAAUGAAGAGGAGCGUGGGAGGGGCUAUCUUGUGUCGUGUCUUGUAGAUCACCGUGGCAACAUCAGCGAGUACCAGUGCAACCAGUACAUCACCAAGAUGACCAGUAUUAUUUUUAGUGACUACAGACUGAUAUGUGGAUUCAUGGACAAAUGCAAAGAAGACAUCAAUAACCUACGCUGUGGCAGCAUCAAUAUAGGACACAAGGACAUCCACUCGCAGGGGGAAGUAAUUGCUUGCCUGGAAAAGGCACUUGUUGGGGAGGCGGAGCAACAAAAGGGAGUUCAUCCAAUCAAAGAGGAGUGUCAAAGAGCCAUUCUGCGGGUGGCAGAGCUGUCAUCAGAUGACUUUCACCUCGAUCGACAUCUCUACUUCUCCUGCCGAGAUGACCGCGAGAGAUUCUGCCAGAAUAUCCAAGCAGGAGAAGGGAAAGUCUAUAAGUGUCUGUUCAACCACAAGUUUGAAGAGGCCAUGUCAGAAAAGUGCAGAGACGCACUAACUACCCGCCAGAAGCUGAUCUCUCAAGACUAUAGGGUCAGUUACUCUCUUGCUAAAGCCUGUAAGCUGGACCUCAAGAAGCAUCGCUGCAGCCUGGACAGCAACCUGCCACGAGCUCGCGAGGCCCGACUCUCAUACCUGCUACUGUGUUUGGAGGCCGCCGUGCACAGAGGUCGUCCGGUCACUGGCGAGUGUCAAGGGGAGAUGCUGGACUAUCGGAGGAUGCUGAUGGAGGAUUUCUCUUUAAGUCCAGAGAUUGUGCUCCACUGCAGGGCUGAGAUUGAGACUCACUGCUCAGGCCUUCACCGCAAAGGUCGCACACUGCAUUGCCUGAUGAGGAUCGGACGCGGUGACCGCAGUGCCACCGUUGACAGUGGUUGCCAGAGUGCUCUGCAAACUUUAAUCCAGUCUGCUGAUCCUGGGGCCGACUACAGGAUCGACAGAGCACUCAAUGAGGCCUGUGAAUCUGUCAUCCAGACGGCCUGCAAACAUAUUCGCAAUGGAGACCCGAUGAUCUUGUCUUGUCUGAUGGAGCAUCUGUACACGGAGAAAAUGGUGGAGGACUGUGAGCAUAGGCUGUUGGAGCUGCAGUAUUUCAUAUCCAGGGACUGGAAAUUGGACCCCAUCCUUUAUAAAAAGUGUCAAGGAGAUGCUGCCCGACUAUGUCACACACACGGCUGGAAUGAGACCAGUGAGUUGAUGCCUCCAGGCGCCGUCUUCUCCUGCCUGUAUCGCCAUGCCUAUCGCACCGAGGAGCAGGGCCGCCGGUUAUCUCGGGACUGCAAAAUGGAGGUUCAGCGGAUUCUCCACCAGAGGGCGCUAGAUGUGAAGCUGGACCCUGAGCUGCAGAAGCGCUGCAUGACGGACCUUGGAAAGUGGUGCAGCGAGAAGACGGACACUGGACAGGAGCUGGAGUGCUUGCAGGAGCACUUAGAGGACCUGGUGUCUGCCUGCAGGGAAGUUGUGGGCAACCUGACGGAGUUAGAAUCAGAGGACAUCCAAAUAGAUGCACUGCUAAUCAGAGCGUGUGAGCCAAUGAUCCAGGUCCACUGCCAUGAUUUGGCAGACAACCAAAUUGACAACGGUGAUCUUAUGGAGUGUUUGGUUCAGAACAAACAUCAAAAGGAAAUGAACGAUAAGUGUUCCGUUGGUGUGACACACUUCCAGCUGAUUCAGAUGAAGGAUUUCCGCUUUUCUUACAAAUUCAAGAUGGCUUGCAAGGAGGAUGUUCUUCGCUUGUGUCCAAACAUCAAAAAGAAGGUGGACGUGGUGAUCUGUCUAAGUACUACUGUCAGGAACGACACGCUGCAUGAGGGCAAAGAGCAACGUGUCUCCCUGAAAUGUCGUAAACAACUACGGGUAGAGGAGUUAGAAAUGUCGGAGGACAUACGGUUAGAACCAGAGUUGUAUGAGCCCUGUAAGUCUGACAUCAGUCGCCUGUGUCCCAGCGUAGCUUUUGGCAACGCUCAGAUAGUCGAGUGUCUAAAGGAACAAAGGAAGCAGCUCAGUCUGCGCUGCCACCAGCGGAUCUUCAGGCUGCAGGAGGCCGAGAUGACAGACCCCGAACUCGACUACCAGUUGAUGAGAGUCUGCAAGCAGAUGAUUAAGAGGUUUUGCACUGAAGCAGAUGCCAGGAAUGUUCUUCAGUGUCUGAAGCAGAACAAGAACAGUGAGCUGAUGGAUCCAAAGUGCAAACAGAUGAUCACUAAGAGACAGAUCACCCAGAACACAGACUACAGGUUGAACCCGGUGCUGAGAAAGUCUUGCCGACCGGACAUUCCCAAGUUCUGCCAGUCCAUCCUGAACAAAGGGAGUGAGGACAGCGAGCUGGAGGGUCAGGUGAUCGCCUGCCUGAAACUCAAAUAUGCUGAUCAGAGAUUGUCCCAAGACUGUGAAGACCAGAUCCGAGUGAUUCUCCAGGAGUCUGCGCUGGACUACAGACUGGACCCACAGCUGCAGAUGCAUUGCUCAGAUGAGAUCUCCAAGCUGUGUGCAGAGGAGGCAGCUGCUCAGGAACAGACUGGUCAGGUGGAAGAAUGUCUGAAAGUCAACCUCCUCAAGAUCAAGCAGGACACCUGUAAAAAGGAAGUGCUGAACAUGCUGAAGGAGAGUAAAGCGGACAUCUUUGUAGACCCGGUCCUCCACACGGCCUGUGCCCUGGACCUGAAACAUCACUGUGCUGCUAUUACACCCGGCAGAGGAAGACAGAUGUCGUGUCUGAUGGAAGCAUUACAGGACAAGAGAGUUCGCCUGCAGCCUGAGUGUAAGAAACGACUCCAGGAUCGCAUCGACAUGUGGGGCUAUGCUGCUAAGGUGGCGCCAGCAGAAGGCUUCUCCGAUCUGGCGGUGCAGGUGAUGACGUCACCUUCCAAGAACUAUAUCCUGCUCACGAUCGCACUGAGCAUGUGCGUCCUCUUCCUGGUGGGGCUGCUGUGCGGUCGGAUCACCAAACAUGUGACCAGAGAACUGAAGGACCGGUAGAGGACACCGGCUGCUCUUCUUCGUCUUCAUCCUUUGUCUCCUCCUCAAGUCCGUCACCAGCCAAAGUCCAGUGCCAACACCAGUUCUCCCCUUUGACCUUUGCUGUAAGAUUACCCUGACAAAAAAUCAUGACAUUUUUUUCCCUCCUGAGGACCUUUUUUGGUGUUGGACGUGAGAAAAUCAAGUGUCAAAAUGAGCACUUUCAGCUGGACUGAGGACUGUUGCUUCUCUUCGGACCCCGACUUGUUUAGUCAUGUUUAAGGUAAACUUGGCGCAUGCAAAGAACCUCAAGAUGUUUUUCUUUUGUAAGAGGCGUCCUGAAAUGCACAAGCAGCAUCUUGAAACAACGAGGAGAACUUGCUUGAAACUGUUUGGGGUUGAAUCCUCUUCCCGCCUGUGCAGGAUCUACUCAACCUGCUCGCCAAGUCCACAAAUGUUUUUUGCUUUACAUAACUUCAUAAUUUCUGUAGAUAUUACUUUUUUUAUUGGAGAUUUGUUGUUUCAGAUGGAAUUUGUGCUUAUGAAGCCAAAUAAUGCAGUUAAAAGUAAACAUAAGAAGAAGUGCAAGACUACAGGGUGUCCAGAGUCCAGACUGGGGGCCUUUUGCCCGACCUGCAACUCUUUUUUUAUAUUCCUGAGGCAAAAAGAUAAUAUAUAAAUAAAUUAAAAUAUGUCUGAUUUUACAUGAAAAGUAGAAAUGUUGAAUAAUUACAAGAAAUUCUACUCAUGCUGGAAUUAGCAUUUAUAAUAGUCAGUGUUUUUCAUACAAUCAUUUAUUUGUGGCGGCUCACCAUAAGCGCCACAAUUAGAUUUACCCUCGCAAAUAAACACAUUAUAAUGGGACUGUCUGUGAAUGUAGCUUGUUGUUAGAACCCCAUACAUAGAUGGCAUCGGAGUUCUGCUUCUUAACGCACCUCACAUGCACCUGGUCUGCCAGAGAAUUAAGAAGACAGCAGAAGGGGCCAUGUUGCAAACUUAGUGACUUUGAGGGAGUAUUGAAGACCCCUUGGCAACUUUUUCUUGGUCUUACUGGACACUUGGAGAAGCAAACGAAAAGCCUGCAUCGCUCUUCUCAACGAGCAGCUCGUGCUGUUUGUGAAGCCCCCCUAUAUCUCGCAUACUACAUAAAAAAUGAUUACAAAGAAAUGUAAUUUGAGCAUAUUUGUUUUGCUAUUAUUUUUCUCUACAAAUAAUUUUUAAAAAAUCUAAAUCAAAACAACAUAUUAUAUAUUGUAUAUUAACAGCAAUGGUAGUCAUUUUAAUUAGUGCAAUAAUUAGUAAGAAGGCAUUAAUAUAUGUGAAUACUUAGGAGUGGCAGUUGUAUUUGUUAUUCUAACAUACUUUGUGUCAAAGUCCACGAUGCGAUAAAGUGUAACACAGGUGUGUUUGUGUGUGUGUGUGUGUGUGUGCUGUAACAUUACCAAGUACAUGAAUGACACGUCCACUCUGUGGUACCAGUGCCUUUCUUUUGUCAGCAUCACCAUCAAAACCCCCAGAUGGCAGUGUUCCUACGAGCGACUAGUCCAGGUGCACUUUUCUACUCUACCAAAGUCAGCCGGGGAAGGCCCAGCUGGUGACAUUGAACAUGCCCAAGCAACACGAACACAAACACAUUUUGUCUGGUCUAGUCAGCAGCUCAUUCGCAUAUCAAGCAAGGGACAUUCCUUUGAGGAGAAAUCUUCUAGAUGGUGAGGACCGCUGGUGUGAGAGAAGCCAUCACUCAAGACAUGUUUGCGACAUCACCUAUUGUGUGCUUUUAACAAUGCCCUGACGUCUCAGCCCAAAUAUUGUCUCAUUCCACUGUAACUACUCAGCCCAUAUAUUGUCUCAUUCCACUAUAACAUCUCACAGCCCAAAUAUUUUCUCAUUCCAUUAUAUUUUCCUGCAGCCCAAAUUUUGUCUCAUUCCACGGUAACUUCUCUCAGCCCAAAUAUUGUCUCAUUCAGUGCAUAAUCUCUCAGCCCACAUAUUGUCAAAUUCCACUAUAUUUUCUUGCAGCACAAAUUGUGUCUCAUUCCACAGUAACUUUUCCCAGCCCAAAUAUUGUCUCAUUCUAAAGCAUAAUCUCUCAGCCCAAGUAUUGUCUCAUUCCAGGGCAUACUCUCUCAGACCAAGUAUUGUCUCAUUCCACUGUAACUACUCUGAGCCCAAAUAUUGUCUCAUUCCACUAUAACAUUUUACAGCCCAAAUAUUGUCUCAUUCCAUUAUAAUUUCUCUCAGCCCAAAUAUUGUCACAAUCCACAGUAUUUUCUUGCAGCCCAAAUUUUGUCUCAUUCCACGGUAACUUCUCUCAGCCCAAAUAUUGUCUCAUUCCACAGUAUUUUCUUGGAGCCCAAAUUUUGUCUCAUUCCACGGUAACUUCUCUCAGCCCAAAUAUUGUCUCAUUCCAGGGCAUACAUAAUCUCUUAGCCCAAAUAUUGUCUCAUUCCACUGUAACUUCUCUCAACCCAUAUAUUGUCUCUUUCCCCAUAACAUCUGACAGCCCAAAUAUUGUCUCAUUCCAUUAUAAUUUCUCUCAGCCCAAAUAUUGUCACAUUCCACAGUAUUUUCUUGCAGCCCAAAUUAUGUCUCAUUCCACGGUAACUUCUCUCAGCCCAAAUAUUGUCUCAUUCCAGGGCAUACAUAAUCUCUUAGCCCAAAUAUUGUCUCAAUCCACUGUAACUUCUCUCAACCCAUAUAGUGUCUCUUUCCCCAUAACAUCUGACAGCCCAAAUAUUGUCUCAUUCCAUUAUAAUUUCUCUCAGCCCAAAUAUUGUCACAUUCCACAGUAUUUUCUUGCAGCCCAUUCCACGGUAAU